UGGCAGUAAGAGGGAGGGAGGGAGAUUGCAGUGGAGGAGACACACCUCAAUUUGGAGAAGGAAAGCUACCUGCAAACAAUCAGAUCCGGGAGGAAGGCUAGCGAAGACACCCACAGCUCAGGGCUCAAGCUAUCAGGUGGGACAAGACCUGAGCACUAUCUCAGAGACAGACUGAAGAUAACCAGACAAGGGGAGAUCAGCAGGGGGAGAGGAGAAAGCCACCAGCAUAUGGGACAGCCUGAGAGCCACCAGUGAUUUGGAGAUCAGGUGACAUUAACUGGACAAGUGACAAGACAACAGACUGACCCCAGUGUCCCCAGAAGCUCACAGCACAAGAUGGCGUCUGCAAAUGACACCCGCCAGCACCAGAAAGAUGCUGCAGAUCAAAGCUUUGACUAUAUGUUCAAACUCCUCAUCAUCGGUAACAGCAGUGUGGGUAAAACCUCAUUCCUCUUCCGCUACGCCGAUGAUUCCUUCACAUCCGCCUUCGUCAGCACUGUGGGCAUAGACUUCAAGGUGAAAACUGUUUAUAGGAACGAGAAGAGAGUCAAACUGCAGAUCUGGGAUACAGCUGGCCAGGAGCGGUACCGCACAAUCACCACUGCAUAUUACCGUGGCGCAAUGGGUUUCCUGCUCAUGUAUGAUAUAACCAACGUGGAUUCAUUCAAUGCUGUGCAGGACUGGGCAACACAAAUCAAGACCUACUCCUGGGACAAUGCACAGGUCCUGCUGGUGGGGAACAAAUGUGACCUGGAAGAUGACAGAGUGAUCCCUGCUGAAGAUGGACGUCGGUUGGCUGAGGAAUUGGGGUUUGAGUUUUUUGAAGCCAGCGCAAAGGAGAACAUCAACGUCAAGCAAGUAUUCGAACGCUUGGUGGAUGUUAUCUGUGAAAAGAUGAACGAGAGCUUGGAGAAUGGACCAGUUCAAAGCGGGAACGCCAAUCUCAGUGAGAAUGCCCCCAAGGAGCAAAGCAAUUGCUCCUGUUAGACAGAUGUCCACAUUAGCCAAUGUGCCAUGCCAGGGGAUGCGAGUCCUGCUCUAUACCAAGCUCCUUGGCUGUUUUUCUUACAAGUCAGUGCAUCCUCUCUUGGCUGAUUCCGACAACUGCAACACAGGAAGGGUGACUGCUCGUAUAAUAUUGAUCAUGACUACUCCUGUGAAAGAUGAGACUGACACUGUUACAGAAAUAUCCCUCAGCACACCCAUUGUUACAUGGACAGAACCCCCCCUAGGAGACUGCCAACAGGAUCUCCAAGGGAUUGGUGUAACUCAUUCUAUGCGGCCAACGCAGCUCUAAACUUGAUACCAUUGUACCCUGUGGCACCAUAAUGGUAGAAAUGGUGUUUAAUGAUGCCAGAGGGUUAUCUUCUUCCCACAAAGUGCCAAAGUCAAGCCCACUGUGCCCUUGAACAUGAUACCACUCCAACUGCCUUGCAGGGGGGCAUGCAAAACUCUGCUCUGCAUGCUUUUGUACAGUUGUGCAUGCCCUCUCUAAUGAGCUAAACACAAAGUGCUCUGUAAAUGGGACAGACUCUCCAUGAAGAAUAAGGGCGAUGUCACUUCCUCGUAAACACAGGUCCGUCUGUAUGUCACGACAUUCCGUUCCUGUUCCUUCAUGGCUUAAUAAUUAAAAUGUUUACAUUUUAAAUAAAA